AUGAGGCCAGGUCGAUCAGCAGCAGCAGCAGCGAGACAGACAGGAGCAGCAGCAAGAUCAGCAGGAGGACAGGAGCAGCCAGCAGCAGAGCAGCAUCAAGGACGGGAGCAGCAGCAGCGGAGCAGCAUGACCAGGACAGCAGCAGCAGCAGGACCAGGAUCAGCAGCAGCUAAGACCAGGAGCAGCACGCAGCAGAAGCAGGACAGUAGCAGGGAGCAGGAGCAGCAGCAGGACCAGGAUCAGCAGGCAUGCCAUGAGAGCAGCAGCAGCAUCAGCAGAUGCAGCAGCAUCAGCAGCAGCAGGACCAGAGCAGAGCAGCAGCGCAAGGACCAUGUAGCAGCAGCAUGCAGCAGCAGCAGCAGUAACCAGGAGCAUCAGCAGCAGCGCAGGAGGACCAGAGCAUCGCAGCAGCAGCCUCAGACACAUGAGCAGCCGGGCAGAAUCAUCAUUACCAGCAUCAGUCAUCAGCUAUCAGACCAUGGACAUCAUCUGCAGCAGCAGCACCAGUAUCAUCAGCAGCAGUACAGCAAACACACACAAGGAACAAGAAAAACAAAAGCGCAGUACACAGUUACAUUUAUACAAUUUACAGUAAAACGAGGCAAUGAACGCAAGAAAAUAUAA